ACAAAAUUGUUAUCCACAAAGACAACCCAACACAACACAAAGCAAGCAUAGGGUGCCUCUCUCUCUCUCUAUCCCUCUCAUGGCAGCAACCUCCUUCUCUCCGGCAACUCCUGUCCGCUCCAUCUUCCAAAACCCUCCCAAAACCACUCUCUUCCUUCCUGAGUCCUUUUAUGGCGUCAAACGCUCUUCAAUCUCUGCUUCAGCAAGCUAUGUCACUCUCAAGCUCUCUCGAACCCUCACUCUCUCUGCCAAACCCAUCCUUUCUCACAGGAGAAUGGGAAUUGUGAGGGCUGCUACUAUGGAGGAAAUUGAAGCUGAAAAGAAAGCUAUUGAGAAAGAUGUUAGGAACAGGAUGGAAAAGACUAUUGAAAAUGUUCGUUCGAAUUUCAAUUCCAUAAGGACUGGGAGAUCAAACCCAUCUAUGCUUGACAAAAUUGAGGUGGAAUAUUAUGGUGCUCCAGCUAGCCUGAAGAGCAUUGCUCAAAUUAGCACUCCUGAUGGCAGUUCUCUUUUAGUACAGCCGUACGACAAAUCAAGCUUGAAGGCUAUAGAGAAAGCCAUAGUUAGCUCUGAUCUUGGUAUGACUCCAAAUAAUGAUGGAGAAGUGAUACGGCUGAGUAUCCCUCAAUUGACAUCUGACAGAAGAAAGGAACUAUCAAAGGUAGUGUCUAAACAAACUGAAGAAGGGAAGGUGGCUUUAAGGAAUAUAAGAAGAGAUGCAUUGAAAGCUUAUGAAAAACUUGAAAAGGAAAAAAAGCUUUCAGAAGAUAAUGUGAAGGAUUUAUCAAGUGAUUUGCAGAAGCUGACAGAUGAGUACAUAAAGAAGGUGGAAACCAUCUACAAACAGAAAGAAAAGGAGUUGCUGACAGUUUGAUGCUUUGAUGUACAAAGUGAAUGUAUUGAGUUCUAUCUAAAGAAGUUCAAAUUUUGUAUCUACUUUAUUCUGAGUCAGAUAAUGGUGUAUAUGUUUCUUUGUUACCCAGAAGAUGACUUUUCUGCUAAAUAGAUGCUUUAUCAAAUUGAAAA